CGAGCCCGAGGAUUUGGCUUAAGUAGCCUCUGUCGUCUGGGUGGUGGGCCCGGCAGGCGUUUACCUUGUUCCGCGGUUUUUGAGUGGUUUAACACAUACCGAAGUAGAAAUGCGUAGAAUUAUAUCAAUGAAUAUUUAUUCCAAACAGUGGCCAUGUUGGAUGACGAGACGCGCCUCGGAGUUGUGAAACAUCAGAUGGAUAGGCGCAUAGACCGCAGCACUCGAGCAAGACUUCAGAUCUUUUUGCACCUGCGGCCGGCUUCUUUCAAGAAGAACGCCGCUGCAAGACUACCACGGCGCCCCCGCACUAUUGUUUUUACAGAAACGGAUAGUUUUCAUUUUAUAAACAAUACGAAUCCUAUUAGACCAGCAUGAGCCUCGUCAUAAUCCCAUUGCUCGCAUUGGUCGCCUCGUAUUGACGUGGCGCCAGAACUCUCAAGAUGGGGGGUGCAGUAGCUGGACCCGAUUGAUAUGCCGCGUCUUCAUCGCGAACGGCGACGGUGUGGCACUAUAUCGCUUUCGAUAGAAGAUAGGGCUAGGGAAAAAAAAACGGGGCCGCGCAUUCGGGCGAGUGAUCUUUCAAGUCUAGGCGGGCGCUUUAUGUUAGUGCUUAGGGCCCUAGCCAUCUAGGCUGAAGUAGGGCGAAUGAGGUUUGGCCCCACAGUCGUAGGCGGGCUUUUUGGAAUGGGGGCGCAAUUCUAGAUGAGGCGGGCCGCACGCGUAGACUAGCAGUAGGCUUAGGACGGAGGUGCUUCAGGCUCAAACUAACCUACCAGCGUGGGCAGUAGGCCGAGACGAGAAGCACUUCGCGCACUCUGAAGCAGCUGCGCGCUGUUUAAUGAUGACGCUGAUAACAAACGGGAGGCGGAAGCAGCCGACGGCGGGCGCUCGUAGGGUGCUCGUAUUGCUCAGAUCGCUCGUGUUGGUCGCCUUGUGUUGAUGAUGAUGACGCCAAAACCUUACAAAACCCUCUGCGUUACUGUAG